CAGCGGCCCCUCAGCCCAGGUCUGACCCCUCGGGGCGCUCCGCUCUGCAAAGCCCUGGCUCGCUUCUGGCACGGGGGGUGACACCGGACCCCUGCCCCAUGGCCGUGUGCUUGGGCAGCCUAGGCGGCGUUUACACUGCCCCGGAGCAGCAAACCUUACUGCAUAGUCCGUGGGCGAGCUGCUGCUUGUAGGGGGCCUGGGGGGAUUUGCAUUUCGCCGCAACAUCCUUCCCCAGCUGACCUGGAAAAUCCCCCCCCCGGGGGGGGGCUGUGGGAAAUGACGGGGUGAGGGGUGGUUUCUCUUCUCUAGCAGAAUGGGGGUGUCAAACACUGCAGAAGCCACCAGUCCCACUGGCGCAAGUUACUCCGCUGACUCCCUUCUGGGCAGCCUAAAGCAGAGGGGUCAGGGCCAAGGAUAGCCUGGGCCAUGGGGAUCCGUCUCACCCCUAGAGAUGGGGCCCCAUGGGACGCCAAGCAAGAGCCCUGCGUCAGCCCCUACUGUGCAUGCUCUGAAGAUAAGUGCAGAACCCCAGGCUCAGGGACCGCCACUGCCCAGCAUCUUCCACCCGCUGCUCAUUUGUCUCCAGAGAAAAAUCAGUGUGGGGUUUGUUUAGCUGGCGCUCUCCUUUCUGGCUAUUCUUCCGCGGCUGCCUGUGUGUUGUGCCAGGGAUGGAAUUGCCAGGGGCUGCAGGUUGAGAUUGAGGGGCACCAGCAGAGCUGUGGGGGCGGGAUUGGAUAGCUGGGGACUGUGGGUUGGGAUUGAGGGACAUCAGCAGAGCUAGUGGGGGGGAACCCAGGGCUGGGCUAGCAUGUGGAUUUGUGGUCAGGACUGAGGGUCACUGGCAGGGCUAUGGUGGGACGUGGGCUCAGGUCAGGAUUGAGGGGCACCGGGUGGGGUGGGGGAGCCCAUGGUGAGGAUAGGGGUUUGGGUUGGAAGUGAGGGGCACCGGCAGAGCUGUGGGGGGGGGGCGGAGGAUGAGAGCUGAGAUGAAAUGCGCAGAGAGCAGAUUCCUUUCUGGACUCAUGGAAUGCAUUAAAGACCUUCCCAACCCCCACACACACACCCCAGAGACUCCAACUGGUAAUGGAUGGGCUAGGAAGCCCCACCUUUCCCUGAUGGCAUCACCGGGGGGUGGGGGGGAGUAUAUUAAAGGGGCCCCUUGGUUCCAGGCAGUCCAGAGUAGCCGCAGGACACAGGAAGACUCCACUCCUGUUCCCUGUCUUAAAGGGGCAGCCCUCCCAAUUAGCUCUGGGCAUCCGUCACCCCCUGGGGUACCCCUUGCCCCCUAGUCUCCGGUCCAGGCAUCCCAUCUGCCCUGGGCUGGUGGGCCACUCCCUGCUCCCGAUGCCCAUGCUCUCCUCCAGCAUGAACUGCGUAGCCGAGUUCUUCACCUACGAGACCACCAAGUCGGUGGUGGUGAAGAGCUGGACCGUUGGCGUGAUCAACCGGGCUGUGCAGCUGCUCAUCAUCUCAUACUUCAUCGGCUGGGUGUUUCUCCAUGAGAAGGCGUACCAGGUGCGGGACACCUCCAUUGAGUCCUCUGUGGUGACUAAGGUCAAGGGCUUCGGCAAAUACACCAACAGGGUCAUGGACACGGCAGACUACGUUACACCCCCACAGGGGACGUCCGUCUUCGUGAUCAUCACUAAGCAGAUUGUCACGGAGAACCAGGUGCAAGGCUUCUGCCCUGAGAGCGAAGUGAAGUACAGCUGUGUGUCUGACAGUGACUGCCAGAGACCCGUCCCUACCACAGGAGGCGGAAUCCUGACUGGCCAGUGUGUGAACUACAACAGGAGCCUGCAGACCUGUGAGAUCCAGGGCUGGUGCCCGGCUGAGGUGGACACCGUCCAGGCGCCCAUCAUGCUGGAGGCAGAGAAUUUCACCCUCUUCAUUAAGAACAGCAUCCGCUUCCCGCUCUUUGACUUUGAGAAGGGUAACCUGCUGCCCAACCUCACGGCCCAGGACAUCCGGACGUGCCGCUUCCACCCAGUCACCCAGCCCUUCUGCCCCAUCCUGCGUCUGGGCGACAUCGUCCGCUUUGCCGGCCAGGAUUUUUCCAAGCUGGCCUCCACGGGAGGAAUUCUGGGGAUCAAGAUUGGGUGGGUGUGUGACCUGGAUCGCUCAUGGGAGCACUGCGUGCCCAGCUACACCUUCACCCGCCUCGACAGCGUCUCCGAGAAGAACAACGUCUCUCCCGGCUACAACUUCAGGUAUGCCAAGUACUACAGGCGGGAGAAUGGCACUGAGUACCGGACCCUGAUGAAGGCUUUUGGCAUCCGUUUCGAUGUGCUGGUCUACGGGAACGCUGGGAAAUUCAACAUCAUCCCAACCCUGAUCAACACCGUGGCAGCCUUCACCUCCGUCGGGGUGGGCACUGUGCUGUGUGACAUCAUCCUCCUCAACUUCCUGAAGGGCGCAGAGCAGUACAAGGCAAAGAAGUUCGAAGAGGUGACGGAGGUGACCCUGCGCCACAGCCCCGUGUACAGGAGCAGCCAGAUGCUGGGAGGCCGGAACGACGAGAAGCAAUCCACCGACUCGGGGGCCUACUCCAUCGGCCUCUAGUGCCCCUAUCCCUGGCGACCGGACAGUUUCCUACCCGCCCUCUGCUGCCGCGGGCACCUCGCCCCUGCUCAUAGGCAAGGGCAUCUUUUGUACACUCCCCUCCUGCGAGCCUCUGCUUCUUCCAUCUUCCUCAUCACCGGCCAGAGUCUUCCUCAUGAGCCCCCACGCCAAGGGGGCGGAAAUCUCUCCUCCGGCACAUCCUCAUGAAAGCACUGCCAUCUCCCUCAGGAAGCAUGUACCAUUCCCUCCCCAUCAAACCUGGGCAGUGCCACGGAGCAGGCACGGCAGACGGGCCAGCUUGGCUGCUGCUGGCACCGGCACCACUCAGUUACCAGCAUACCUGGCGCUGUACAAGAAAUGGGCAGCACUCCUCACCCUGGGGAGUGUGUGCUCCUCAGCAAGGGGCGCUCUCUCUGGGUUUGGCUGGGUGCUGAGAGCUUGGGAGGGCGCCCUUGGGACUGAGGGGUGGAUGGGAUUGGUUCCCUUGUCCCAGCAGGGGGCGCUCUCUCCAGCUCAGGUGCUCUCUCCAGCACUCAGAGAGGCACCCCAACGGUAGGAGUGUGGGGUCUCCUUUCGCCAGCAGGGGGGUGCUCUCCCCACCUUUGCCCCUAUUUCCAUCCUGGCAGAUUCCCAGAUUCCGGAGUAGGGAGGAGGGAAGCAGUCCUGGGCGGGACGGGGCAUCCGGGCCCAGGGACGUGCUAUUCCCCCCCUCCAGUGCUGACUCCAUUCUCCCACGCCAGGGCUUUUUAAUCAAUAAAACUCACUUUCUCGUCAGUGUCCCUCGGGGCUGUGCUGGGGCAGGCGCGCAGGUUGGGGCUCUCUCCAGGGCUUGGAGGGGGACACGGAGGUGGCAGGCGCACGUAACCGGUGCUUCCUGCUCUGUUACCAUCACCACCGAUCAGCGCUGGAUUGGCCAGAGCCGGGGCUCGUCUGUUCAUGCCCAGCUAGGGAGAUUGCUGAGAUUUCAGCACCAAGACCCCCCUUGCUUGGGGAAGGGGUCGUACCGCUGCUUAGCAGAAACACCUUAGCCCGUGUUGGGCUGGGGCUCUCCUUGGGGUGUAGCCUCAGCUUCUGAGCCCUCAGCUACAGUUGUACCAGUCCUGGCAUGAGCCCCACCAGUGUGGACCUGGUUAGUGUCACUGGUCGGGGCAACCACACCUGUAUUUCCCCUCCUUAGUCCAGCCAGGCCACCACCUGAAGGCUUCUAGCUCCAGGGCCGUCCCUACCCAUACGCAAAGUACGCAGCUGCAUAGGGCACCAGGAAAUUUGGGGCACCAAAUUUCCUGGUG